AUGAAUUUAAAUUCCAUGUACACCGAUUUACUAGAAUCCAUAAUCAACAGACAACUACGGGACAUUCUGUCAACUCCCUGCGAAUAUCAAUCAACACUUGCAUCUGUAGCCAAAACAUCGAGACUUUUCAAUGAUCUCGCCAAUGCAAGACUUUAUCGUGACAUCGUGGUGUAUGACGAUGACAACAAAUCCAUAGUGGAGAACGAUAAUUGCACUUAUAUACACAUUAAUCAACUUGGCAAAUUUGUUGAGUCAUUGACGUACCAAAAUUUCCUCAAAAUUAGAUCCAUAGAGUUGCAUUGCAAGUCAAAUUUCAGCAAAUAUGAUUAUUCUGCAUUAUAUGAGAAAAUAGGAGAUUUUUGGACACACACACAACAUAAUAUCGAGUUUAUUAAUUUUGACAUUGACAAUAUACGGAGAAACCAAACCAUACUUCAGUUUUUGUCAAAAGAUUGUUAUGAAAUCAUGGAAGAAAAUGACGAGGUGGAGUCGUGUGUUGGUUCUAAACCGUCAAAAGUUUGGAAUUUGACAAAUUGGUCCGUUUUGGCAGCUCAAGAAUUGACAUCGUUACCACUCUGGAGCCCCAAUUUGAAAACAUUGGACCUCUUUAUUGAAACCAUUAUCGGCGACGUUCAAUUCCCAAUGCAAAGAGUUAAAAUCCCCAAUUUGGAACAAUUGAAUUUGAAUACAACCUUGUCGACUCAAUGCUUCUUGUCGUUGAAUCCAGAAGUUCCAAACUUGCAAAAAGUGUCAAUUUCUUAUUCGCACUCAUUUAAUAAACCACCCAUAAACUUUAACGACUAUCAAAUGGUUGAUUUUGAUAAGCUCACUGAUUUGGAGUUGAAGUUCAACUGUUUGCAUUCAGAUUGCUCGUGUAUCAAUGAGUUUUAUCACGAAUUGUCUCAAAACAGUCAUCAUUUCACAAAGUUGAAAAAUCUUAGCAUUGUCAACCACAACUCCAAGAACCACGUGAGAAAUUUGGAGCAAUAUGCGUUUUUGUUGUCUAGCCAGUUGUCGGAUUUGUUCAACAAGUUUACCAGUCUAGAAUACAUUUACAUCAGAAUCAAUGAAUUUGUCAAGAACGAUACAUGCAAGAUUGAUUGGAACAGUUUUAACAAAUCAAUACAAAUGUUACCAAGUCUACGCAAGUUGAUCAUUGCGGAUUUUUUCAACUGGUGGGCGCCAUCUAUUCAGUUAACUAGAACUUUGAUGGUUAAUACUUGUACAUGCCAGAAAUGCCACACCAUCAAGUCGUUGUUCCAGCAAAUGGCAGCUUACGAUGAAGAUAAUCACUAUACACACAAUUUUGACAACUAUUGCUUUGACUCUACUCAAAUUAUGAUGCCCAACCACAUUGACUUGGUAAAGAAGGCCAAUUCAAAGUUUAUGUCGUAUUUGAUCAAUCAUUACAAGUCACAAUUUCAUGAGCUGAUUAUAUACUCGAUGUCCGCAUCCUACUUCAGAGAACAUGACAAUCAAUUGCUCAGUCCUUUCAAAACGUUAUUCAUGCAUGGCCAAUUGAGGCUAUUGGCAAGCUCAUUAAAGCGUGGAAAUACACACUUGAAGGUCAAUUUUGGUGGUAUUUCGAUAUAG